AUGACUUCGAGAGACGGCUACCAUUGGACGGAAGCUUCAGGACUCGUCCAAGGUGUACCUAGUAUUGGUGUCAUCCAACCACCAACACACAUCCGAGACGAGCAGGCAGUCUACGAUGUGAUUGUUGUCGGAGCGGGUUACUGUGGACUUACAGCAGCCAGAGAUGCUGCUUUGUCAGGGCUCAAAGUGUUAUUGCUCGAGGCUCGUGACAGAAUCGGUGGUCGUAGCUGGAGCACAAAUAUCGAAGGUUAUCCAUUCGAAAUGGGCGGCACUUGGGUCAGUUGGGGUCAGCCUCAUGUAUGGAGAGAAAUCUCGAGAUAUGACAUGCGUGACGAGCUAGAGAUCUCUCACGACUACAGUCGAGGCGUGAACCACUUCUCGCUCAACUCCGCUAGCGGGAAUCGCAAUAUGAGCCACGAAGACGAGUCUGCUCUAAAGAAGUUUGCCAAUAUCGACGGCGAACUCGGAAGAAAAGUCAUGCCUUUCCCACACAGCGAGGGCCACAAUCCGGAUGCCGCAAAGUACGAUAAAAUGUCCGUCGCCGACCGCGUUGCCCAGAUCAAGGACGACCUCUCACCGGAUGAACACACCGCUCUACUAGGAUUUGUACUGCUCUGCAGCUGCAGCACUCCGGAGAAGACCAGCUUUUACGAGUACCUUCACUGGUGGGCACUCUGUAAUUACUCGUACGAGUAUUGCAUCGAGUACCUCAUCAAGUACAAGUUCAAGGGUGGCCAGUCGAGCUUUGCGAUCAACUUCUUCAAAGAAGCUUGUGCGACAGGGAGAUUGUCGUAUGCUUUCAACACACCAGUCGCUGUAAUCAACGACACUGGCAGCGAUAUCCAAGUGACCGCAAGAGAUGGAAGAACAUUCAAGGCCGCCAGGCUGAUCUCGGCGAUACCUAUGAACAUCUUAAAGGAUAUUUCUUUCAGCCCGGCGUUGAUCCCUGGCAAGAUCGACGCCUCGAACCGUGAACACGUAAACAAGUGUGUUAAGGUCCAUGCCGAGGUCCGCGAUAGGGAUCUACGAUCCUGGAGUGGCAUCACAUAUCCCAACAACAGCUUGAUGUAUGCCAUUGGAGAUGGCACAACUCCCAGUGGCAACACCCAUAUCGUCGCCUUCGGUGGUUCGCACAAUCACAUACAGCCAGAAAAGGACAUUAACAAGACCAUGGAAGCCCUUAAAACACUAACUCCCAUGGACAUUGAGCGAGUGGAGGGUACUCGUGCUGCAUUGGCAGUCAAGAGAGAUCUUGAUAGAACGAGGGCAGCGCACCUUCAGGAAUAG